UAUCCGUGUUACCAGUUUCCCAUUCAGUUUCUGUAAUUCAUUAGACGGUUCUCAUUUUGCACGGAACAACUGGUACUUCGCCCCAAUACCAGCCGGUUCGUAAGUUGGUAUACGUAAAAUGAAUCCCUCUGCAUCGAACGCCGAAGCUACCAUCGCCCUGGCUAUCAUCCAGCUUCUGGGAGGCGUUAUUAUCUUUGUAGCCGAUGCAAUUCCCUUAGCUGUACAGUAUAUUCCCCUGACAAAUUUCGUCGGGAUUAUCCUGGGACUGUUCUACAUCGUUAGCGGCGCCUUGGGCGUGGCGGCCGGCGCCAGCCAGUUAAAGCCGGUGCCCAGCACGGGUGCCCGUUGCUUAGCGGUCAGCUGCUUUGUGCUGAAUAUCGUAUCGGUUCUCAGCUCCUUCUCCAUGCUGGUGUGGUGCUCCGUUAUUCUGAAUAGCGAUGCCAAACUAUGGCUACCAAAACUGCCUGAACUCAUUGGUCAGCGCUUCAUAAAGGAAUUUGUCGGCCCCAGUUGACAGCCACGCUGUGCAUCUUGAUCAUCAGCAUCGCUCUGUCGGUCUUCACCUUUCGCAGCAUGACCGCUCUGCGCACGACGCGGCCCCACGGCGUGGACGGAACACAGGAGCUGCUGACGGUAGCAGCACGGUGAAUCUCUCACUGA